GUUGUUUCCAUUGCAUGUUGAUUCCAAGCCCCAAGGCCCCUUAAAGCCAUGUCAAAGUAAGAUGUUUGCAAACUCAUGUAAACCAAAAGCAAAAGCAAGAGGAAAGACAUGUCCAUGGCCAAGCUUAGAGCUUCUGGCGUGCAGAUUGUAGCAGAAAAGUUACUAGUUUGCGGUGAUCGAUCAGGUUCAUCAGUCAAAGAUGUGAAGGGAGGACACUUUGCGGUGUUUGCCGUAGAAAAUGACAAGACAAAGAGAUUCGUUGUCCCUUUGAGUUAUCUAAACCAUCCUGGCUUCUUGGUGCUGUUGGAGCAAGCUGCGGAAGAGUUUGGCUUUGUCCAGAAAGGAGCUCUUCGCGUUCCUUGCCAAUGGAGUGAGAUGGAGAGGCUAUUAGCUAAAAAUGCAAGGAGGAUAUGAAUCCCUCUGCUACAAUGCGUGCAUGCGUGCUUUGCUCAAUUUCCUCCCUUUACUAUAAAAAUUUGCUCUUCCAAGUUCAUUCCCAAUUAA